UUUGCCUUGUUGUUUGCCUUUGCUAAUGCAGAAAAUCGUUUUAUAAUCAAUGAAAUCUUUUAUAUAGAUUUUAAUCAGACCUUGUAGAAUCGUACAAUAAUAAACUACUAAAAAGUGUGUUAUGUGCGUGUGUGUUACUUUUACGAUGUGUAAUCUAGAUGCAAGUUUAUGGAUCUGUGAAUACAAUAUUCAAUCACGUAUAUUUUAGUAUUUUGCUGCACGGCCGAGGGCUUCUAACUUAAUUGCAAUGUGCAGGUAAUACUGUACCAUCAUUGACCCUAACUCCCACUUUAUACAAUGAAAUAGUACUGGACAAAAUAAUGCCAUGUAUGCUCCAGAUCAUCUUCGAAGGAAGGAAGCCAGAGAUGUUAUGUACCGCAGUAAUUCGAGUCUUGACCUAAUAUACGCAGAACAUCCGUCGGGAAAUGGUUUGCGACGCGAAUACGGGAGUCAUGGGUCAAUCGACGUGAUAGGUGGCGCAAACGACAGGGUGCCCGCUAUGGUACAUAACUACAGCGGAACCUCGCUAUCCGAUAAACCGCCGGGGCUGGGCCGCGAGCGCCUGGCUGACGUGAUCGCCGGCGACCAUGCCGACGGCCCGCCCCAGCGAGCCAGCGCCAGUCCAAAGCCAAGACUCAAACUCAACAAGCUAUGGGGGGGUGCUGCACCUGCACUUUCCCGUCAACCACUCGACGACUCAUCGUCUCUCACCCCUGAGCAAAAAAGGAAACAAUUUGCUCACUAUGACUGCCAAUCACUCAUGGCUAACCUGAGCUAUGCUGCAGAAAUGCGAGGUGCCCUUCUCAGUCGACGUCGCAACACAACCACCGGGGCGUCAGCUGCAUCCCUACUAGCUACUAGAGGCUUGCCACCAGGGGAGGAUACUGUACCAGAUACAGGAGAUGGAAGAACUAAUGAAUUAAUAGAAAGUUGUCCCUUCUUCAGAAAUGAAUUAGGCGGCGAGGAAGAGCGUUGUGUCUCGUUAUGUUGGAGAACAUCUCGCGGCGCCAUACCCGGCCAGUCCGGUGGUUGGCAUCGACCUAAGGCCGCUUACGGGGUGUCGGUCCUCGAGUUCCCACCGGGCAACUCGCACUGGCGCCUCGGCUGCCCCUUCGCGAGAUCCGUAGCACCCUUACCCAUCGAAAGCCAAGACCUAGGUGCCCUGUACUACAGAAACUAUUUCUACACGCAACUUCAUCAGAAUUGGUUCGGCAUGGACGAGACUCUUGGACCUAUCGCUAUAUCCAUCAAGAAGGAACGAGUGGAACUGCGUCGCGGCGGAGGCGACGUGUCGGCACCUACUUCGCAGCUCGCCUGGCAAUAUCGCCUUAUCAUCCGGACGUCAGAGCUGCUCACCCUACGAGGCUCAGUCCUCGAAGAUGCCCUGCCCACCGCUAAACCAAGCAACAACAGCGCGACUUAUAACACCAAAGAAGUUAUAGAAUACGUUGCGCCAGAAUUGCAGCUUAAUUGCUUAAGGCUCGCGACUACAAACAGCGGCGCCGAAGAACAGUUGUUACGCCUCGAUGAGCAAUGCGUCAUCAGGCAUUAUAAAGUCGGAGUAAUGUACUGUAAGAGUGGCCAAUCCACUGAGGAGGAGAUGUACAACAACCAAGAAGCAGGGCCCGCCUUUGUUGAAUUCCUUCAAAUGUUGGGCCAAACAGUCAGAUUAAAAGACUUUGACAAGUACAAAGCUGGCUUGGACAACCGAACAGACUCCACGGGGCUUUAUUCUGUGUACGCUACGUACCAAGGCUGCGAAAUAAUGUUUCACGUGUCUACUAUGCUUCCGUACACGCCGAACAAUCGACAGCAGUUAUUAAGGAAGCGGCAUAUAGGCAACGAUAUUGUGACGAUUGUCUUCCAAGAGCCCGGUGCGGCGCCUUUUACGCCUAGAAACAUCCGGUCGCAGUUCCAGCAUGUUUUCGUGGUGGUCAGAGCGAUAGACCCUUGUACAGAGAACACGCACUACAGCAUAGCUGUCAGUCGCGCCAAAGAAGUGCCUUUAUUUGGGCCACCCAUCAAAGAUGGAGCAGUGUACCCUAAGGGCGAAGCGUUUACCGAUCUGCUUUUGAGCAAGGUAAUAAACGGAGAAAACGCAGCUAUCCAGUCACCGAAAUUUAGUACAAUGGCAACGCGCACGAGACAAGAGUACCUGAAAGAUUUAGCCAAGAACCACGUGACGGCCACCACACUGGAGAGCGGACAGAAGUUUUCAAUAUUUUCGUCGUUAUUGAUGAAAAGCAGUAGCAACACCAGUAACAACGCGGUUCUACCGCGCAUCGACAGCUGCGCCAACGAUGUGCUGGUUGGUGGCGCUCUGUGCUUCCAUGUACAAGUACAAGACGAAGGUGCGGGCGGUUCACUGCUAGACUGCAUCAUGGGAGUGUCGGCAGAUACCGUGGUGCUCAUAGAAGAAGGGACGCGGCAAAUUGUGCUGGUUCUACCCACUAACUCAUUGCUUGGCUGGGUGGUGAGCGGCGGCUGGUCGCGCGUGUACUACCACCGCGGCGAGUCGGUGCGCGUGCGCGGCGGCGGCGGCGCGCUGCUGCGGCGGCUGGCGUGCGUGGCGCCGGCGCACGCGCAGCGCCUGCACGAGCUCACGCUCGAGCGCGGCGCCGCCUCGCAGCUCGGGUUCCACGUGCAGCCGGACGGGCUGGUGACGGCGGUGGAGGGCGGCGGCUGCGCGGCCCGCGCGGGCGUGCGGCGCGGCGCGCGGCUGCUGGAGGUGUGCCGCGCCGCCGUCACCGCGCUGCACCACGACCAGCUCGUCGACCUGCUCAAGACCUCCGACCCCGUCACGGUAACAGUGACAUUCGCGAGCAGCUCCAAGUGUCAGUGCGAGACGACGUUAGAGGAGUGGGCGCCGCUGGCCCGCGCCGACGCACAACACCCGGGUCGACCGCGACGCGCCUACGAGCGUGGACACUCCCCGCCCCGCUCCGAUAGCUCGGGCUAUGGCACCGGCGGGUCGGGGCGCAGCGCGCGGCGCUCCCCGCAGACGUCCCCGGUGUCGGAGGCGGCGCUGCGACGACGCUCGCACGACGGCGCCGCCUCGCCGCGGCACCCCCGACACAAGCGCGCCUCCGCCAACACCAACUCGCUAACGGAGGAGCUGAUGCGUCUAAUGGACGCGGAGCUGGGGUCAGGCGCGCAGCAGGCGGCGGGCCGCGGCGGCAGCGUGCCCGCCACGCCUGCGCCCGCCGCCGCGCCGCCGCUGCCGCUGUGUGACGCCGCCGCGCUCGACUGGGCCGCGCUCGUGCACACUGCCACCAGGGCCAUGCUGCAGAUUUGCGAAGAACAUCAAUAUCCGUCGAUUGACAACCCCGAUCCGAUGUUGGACCCAUUGACAAAUGAACCGCCUGUCCACGACUCUUGGUCUGAUGUACCCACCACGGACACGAGCCCGCCGCUGCCGGCGCCGCCCCCCUCUGCCCCCGCCGCCCCCGCGCCCCCCGCGGCCGGCGCGUGCGGCUGCGGGCUGGCGGCGCGCGUCGCCGCGCUCGAGGCCGACGCGGCGCGCGCGCAGCGCCACCAGCACCAGCUUGAAGAGGAGGUUCGUCGUCUCCGACGACACAACGCCCGUCUGAGAGAAGAGUCGGCGCGCGCCGUGCUACAACUGAGACACUUCACGCAAUGGCUGAAGCGCACAGUCGACCGCCAGUGAGCACGAACAUUUACCUUACACGACGUAAAUACUCCACCGAAACGAAAAAGACAUAAUUACAUCGAUAUAUCAUUCAUUUGAAUGACACACGUAAGCCCUAGCUAAUGUAAGCAGA